UCGCAAAUUGCCCAGCAUGGCCAAAACAUUUACUGUAUCUGAGGUCGCAGCCCACAAGACUCCCGAGUCUGGACAGUACAUCAUCGUUGAUUCGGGUGUGUACGAUAUCACAAACUUCAUAGAUGAGCAUCCCGGUGGUGCCAGGGUAUUGAAGAGAGUCAUUGGCAAGGACGCUUCAAAGCAGUUUUGGAAGUACCAUGGGGACAACGUCUUGAAGAAGUAUGGUGAGAGGCUAAAGGUCGGUGAAGUUAAGGAGGAGGCAAAGCUAUAG